UACUUUGUUGCUGAACCUACUUCUUGACCUUUGACUCCUUCAGAUGGAGUAUGAACGGUACCUGGAGGAGAGCUCCCCCCGCUGGCAGAAGCAACUCAAAGAGAAAACUCAGGCGGCUCAGAGGAAGAGGAUGGAGGAGUAUUUGGAGUUAUGUCUGAAGAACACAGAAGAUGAAGUGACAAAGUCCUCUGCACACCGACCUUUACUUUCACAAGGCCCCACCAUAAAGCCACAAAAAAAAUCUGCACCUCAAAAGCACCACAGCCAAAACACCCAAUUGGACUACAACCAAGAUGGCUCCCCUAAUCUCUCCUUCAUGCAGUCUUCAUGGCUGAUCCACCCUCAGUCCCAUUCGGCUAGGUUUCCUAUCAGAGCUCCAUAUCAACCUCAGGCUUCCUCUCAUGUCCCCCCAUCUUUCCACACACACCAAUUCCAGCUCCACCAUCCCCCCUGGCCCAGGCAGCCUCCAUCAGGUUGGGCUUCCUCACAGCCCAAUUACCCCUUGUCCUGGACUGCCGGUGCAGCUGGAAUCCCUUCAGACUCCGAGGCUCUCUGGGGUCAGCUCUACAUGGACGAGCCUCCACCUGAGAGGAGGGAUGGGGCUGAGGCAAGCAGAGCACCAAGCUCAAAGAGAGAGAUAAGUGGUGGGAGCAGGGGCAGUCAUUUAUCCCAGGAGCUGGAUAUCAAACCAGUUCGUCUUUCCAGCGGCCCUGCAGAGAGCAGUGAGAGCAGCAGGGCGUCCAGUCAGGCGAGCAGAGAGAAGAGGAAGAAGAGAGAGAAGAGAUCACAGCGUACCUCCACAGACAGAGAAAGACGCAGCUCUCAGGAGUCAUCAAGGACUUCCAGUGCCAUCGUCAUUGCUGCAGCCACAGUGGCUCAAAGCUCAGAAAGUGACGCCUCAUUAGAGAAAAGCAGAACCAGCACCAGUAGGAGGAGGAGAAUACGAAGUGCAGGACUUGCUAUUGGAUCACCAGAAGUCGAGAAAGUGGCAAAGGAAAGGACCAGGAGCAACAGAGAUGACUCAGAGAGUCACAAAGAAGAUAGUCAGUCUACUGGUGAAGAGUUGGGGAGUCCAAUUGAUGAUUUCAGGAGUCAAAAAGUAGGGAAUCAAAGUCCUGAAGAUAAAUCGGAGAGCUGCAGCGGGGAGUCAGGAUCCCAGAAGGAUGAAGAAUCAGGAAGUGUUAGUAUAAAGAUUGAAACCAGAGAUGAAAUAGAAAAGGAUGAGAGUAGCAGCUCUGAAUUAAGCAGUGAAGGAGAAAAGUGUGAGGAAAAAGAGGAGUGUGACAAAGAUCUGGGAGGUGGAGAUGAGAGUGAUCGUGAAGAAAAAGAAGACAGUCAGGGAGAUAAAGAGCAAGGGGAGAGGGAUGAGGACGACGAUGAUGAGGAUGAUGAGGUUUCUGAAAGAAAGAAUGCAUCACAUGCAGAGGAGGAGGAGGAUCAGGAAGAGAAGUCAGACAGGUGGAACGAUGAAGACAGUGAGAACAAAAAACAGGCUUCUGCAUCUUCUCAGGAUGAAGAGGUGGACGAAGAGGAGAGUGACGGAGGUGAGGACAAAAUGGAGUCAGAUGAAGAGGAGGAUGGCGGAGGGGAGGAGGAGCAGAAGAGAGUCGAAGAAGGAGAACCAGAAGAGGAAAGCGAUUCAGAGGACUGUAUCAUCUCACCUCAGGAAAAGUCUAAAAAGAUGCAAAUUAUUCACGAGGAGGCAAGUGAAAAUGAAGAUGAUGAGGAGGAGGAAGAGGGGAGUGAAACAGGAUCCUCUGACGAUGACUCAAAUGAGUUCAUUGAUGAAGAUAUUGAGCAUCUUCUCGCACCUCAAGAACAAUCACAGAAAAAUGAAGAAAAGGACCAGAGAGAUGAUGAGAAACGCAAAGAAAUUUCUGACAUGGUGGAGAUUUUUCGAGUUGAGACGAACAAAUCAAGAAAGAUGGAUCACCUGAGUGACUCUGAGGAGUUUGACCACUUUUAUGACUAAAUGUGUCUGAGCUGGAACAAAAUCCUCCCUCACACACCUCGGAUUUAAUUUAUUUAAGACAUAAAAAACUGGUGUAACAACAGUCUUUUAAUGGCAAUGUCGAUUGUUUUUUUGUGUUGCAUAAUUUCAAUCAAAAUAAAAAAUGAUCUCACCUGUAAU